CCGCUGGAUCAUCUCGCAUCGCAUCCACGGCAAGCCGCCUUGAGCGUCCCAUUCCACCCCAGCUGCGUCACCCGUCUCCCGGGACGCAUUGCUUUGCGACACCCGACCCUGCCGGUACCUAGUAUCGCAAUCUACCUAGUCGAACGAACGACACCUACGAAUAUCACACAUCACAACAGGUCACCAUGUCUUCCCAACCUUCGACGGGCAUGGCGACUCCCGUUACCUAUCCUCCUCCCGAGCAAGCCUCGACCGGCAACACCAUGGUGCCUUAUACCUUUCCCCAGGCCAAGCUGAAGCUCCGGCAGACACAGCCUGGGAGGACACCCUUGGUCCUCGUAGCUUGCGGCUCUUUCUCCCCCAUUACAUUCCUCCACCUUCGCAUGUUCGAAAUGGCCUCCGACUUUGUCCGAUUCAACACCAGCUUUGAAGUCUGCGGCGGCUACCUCUCCCCCGUCAGCGACGCCUACAAGAAGGCUGGCUUAGCGCCCGGCCAUCACCGCGUGGAGAUGUGCUCCCGCGCCGUCGAGCAAUCAUCCUGGCUAAUGGUCGACCCCUUCGAGACGGUCAACUGCGACGAAAACGGCGAGCCCGCUUACGUGCCCACAGCGCGGGUGCUUCGACACUUCGACCACGAAAUCAACACCGUGCUGGGCGGCAUUGAGGGCACCGAUGGUGUGCGGAGGAAGGCCAAGAUUGCGCUUCUUGCUGGCGCGGAUUUGGUCAUGUCAAUGGGAGAGCCCGGGCUUUGGUCGCCGGUCGACUUGGGAGUCAUUCUCGGGGAGUACGGCGCCUUCAUCAUUGAGCGCUCGGGAACCGAUAUCGACGAGGCGCUUGCCACGCUGAGGCAGUACGAAAGUAACAUUUGGGUCAUCAGCCAGGUGAUACAAAAUGACAUCAGCUCCACCAAAGUCCGUCUUUUCCUGAAGAAGGAUUUGAGCGUGCGAUAUCUCAUUCCUGAUCCUGUUGUUGAGUACAUCGAAGAGCACGGCUUGUUCCACGACGAACAGUCCAGCAAGAAGAAGAACAACGAUUCCUCAUCAACAGGAGGAAAGGACAAGGAGAAGGAGAAGCCAACAGUCGCCGACGGGACAAAUACCCCUUCAAGCUCGGCCGAGCAAGUGGGAACGACACAACAGAGCUAGAUGCUCGCAUGCUGGCCUUCUACGCAUGACAUGAACAACUUUGUGCUCGAGGUUAUGCCUCCGAGCAGCGUGGCAUGACAGCAUGAGGCAUCUGAUUUUCAGGAGGAUGAUCUGCUCUUUUGGAAAUGA